AUGUCCCCGAACAGCCUUCAAGGUAGUGCUAGUCCAGCACCCAACCCAACUCGCCAUGCGAACGAUGGCACCUUUCAAGUUACCGCGUCCUUCAAUCACGGAAAUUUUCCAGAUGGACAAUUCUUUCUAGAAAACGAGAACACGUUUCUGACGGCUGUCGAUGUCUCGAAAUACUCCCAAUCGCCUCUAUGGCCUAAUCUGCUUACAAGAACCCUGAUGCCCCUGAACAACUUCGAACGGCUACCACUUGAGCUUACUACUUUAAUCAUGGAGUAUCUCGAUAUUUCAAGCUUGGUUGCUAUGGCUUCAGUCAACCUUCGUAUGCGAAAGCUUGUGCAGGAACUGCCAGCUGUCAAGAAAAUUCAGCAGAACGUCUAUGCCGCAAGGGCUGUCAAUCGGAUGUAUACCAGCGGCACGGCGAAAUUCUUCAGCUUGACAUAUUUCAUGGCGAAAUUUACGUCUUGGAUAUGUACUCUAUGCCAGCGUCGCGAGUUUGCAGUCGUAUUUUGCUUACUGUUAUGCCGACGGCUUUGUCGUACCUGUUAUGGCCUCUGGAACUUUUGUCCACCACUGCCGGUCACCAUGGCAAUGGAAUGUUUUCAGCUGGACCACGAGGAGAUAACCUGCAAGAUGGGCUCUGCGCUCAUGCCGAUACCACCUUCUGCUCAGCGUCAAUCUUGCUGUGGUCAGCUAAGACGCCCUGGUUGGUACCCCAGAGUUGAAGUCGUAUCUAUCGCUGCGGCCGCAGAUAUUGCCAGAUCAAAAUACAAUAUUGUUGGGGGUCUUGACUAUCUUCAUGACCUCGUCAGCAAUUAUCUUAUGGAACACAACAUUGAUUCCCACCGCAACGCCUUGAGGGAUAUUAUGUUGUGGGAUAAAAGUUUUCCGGGUCUCCUAGAAGCCAUACGAACAUAUUGGUCGCUCUUAGGGGUGGACCCAAAUAUUCAAAGCGAUUUACUUUUCACCACGUUGCCUUAUUUGCAUCCAAGAAGGACACCCCUCAAGGUAGAGUCAGGAUUCUGGUGUGUUGGUUGCCAACGAGAUCUUGUACUCAAGUGUGCUUUCAAUCCUAUACGCACACCGAAUUAUGGUGGUCUCGCAGUCUAUGUACGAGAAGCCUUUCCCAAGCAUCUUAGUACUUGUCACACUGCACGCCAAAUCAAGAAAGGGAUCCUUCUACCCCCUUUUGAAGAGUAUAAAUUGACCAGACACUUAUUCCUCAAGAGAAUGGAGUACUGGCCGAAAGGAUACCGAUGCCCUUCAGAAGUUAUUCGCCUCUACCACAGACGGCCGGGCGAUAGGAACUGGACUGCAACCCAAUUCCGAGAGUGGCACGCAGAGUCAUUGCGGCGAAUUAUUGAACUCGGGGAGCGUGACAGGCAGUGCAGGGCACAAUUGGCUGAUUUUAAACACCAUUUCGACGAGAAGUGUCGUCUUUCCAGUGGAAUCUCUACCAGCCAUACUGUAUGCAAGCUAACAGUAGGAGCUGGCAAUCCGCAAUCGCAUGGAAAGACUGGAGAAAUUGGUUUUGACAGAGGGUUGCACGCAGACAGCGGACGGAGCGACGCAGAGAAGAGUUCGCCGCCGAUGCUGCAGAAACACGAUGACAAUAUGUCUCGCAGCCGUUCAUCCCGGACCGCAGAGCUGGCUGAGGAUUCGCCAAAGUCUUCAUCCACGACCAUUCCACAUGAUGAGACUCGCUCUGACGAUAUGACAUCUACAUCUGGUAGGUGUCAGGUCUCGGAAACAGGAGGCAAGGACGCCGUGCCUGCUACGCUACCGACGAAUGAACUCGCACAGGCUGAGCACAACAUUCACCCUGUACCGGUUACAAAGGGCAACGAGUCCAAGGACCAAAAUGGGAAUGGGAGUCUGGGAUCGGAUCGACCAUCUGAACCUUUUGCUGACAAUCUGCAAAAUCUGGGAGUUUCCAAAGAAAAGGCCUUGGUACCUGGGCUUUGGGAGGUACGGAAGAAUGAAGCGGUUGAUGAUUCAGACGAGGAAAGCGUUGGUUCAAAGAAGAAUGAAGAUGACAGCAAGGAAUCAGAUGAUUCGGACGAGGAAAUUUGA